UGCUGGGCUAGUAGGAAGCUGUUCUCUGCCUCUUGGGACUUGUUGGAAGUUGGUGCUCUCUGUGCACAUGCUCAGGGGGGGGCUGGAGCAGUUGAUCGUGAUGUUGGAAUUGUCGAGAUUCCUACCACUCUUCUUCUGCAUCUCUUCCUCAGCUUCAUUUCCCAACUUUUUCCAACCCAAUGUCGCCUUCAACCAUAUGGCACGUGACCCUGGUUCUGGUUAUGUCUAUGUUGGGGCUGUAAAUCGGAUAUACCAGCUGUCCUCUGAUCUCGAUCUCCUGGUUGAGGAUUCCACUGGACCACAAUUAGACAGCCCUGAAUGCCUCCCAUUCAAGGACCCUAAAGACUGCCUCCAGGCCUCAUCCACUCCCAAUUUUAACAAGCUGUUAAUUGUAAAUACUCACAGUGAGGAGCUUUUAACAUGCGGACAUGUUUUUCAAGGCAUCUGCGAUAAGAGGAAUUUGCACAAUAUCUCUAACAUCAUCUAUCGCACAGUAGAUCCUGGAGACAACCAGUUUGUAGCGGCCAACGAUCCCCAUGUCUCCACUGUUGGGAUAGUGGAACGGACAGAGGGCCGAGAUGUUAUGUUUGUGGGGAGGGGCCUAACAGCAAGGCUCUCCAGUGGCAUUCCUCCUAUUACAAUCAGGCAGUUGAACAAGUCACCUAUAUUCUCCAAUGAUGGCCUUGGCAAACUGGUGGUGGGAGACUUUUCGGAUUACAACAACACUUUUGUGGGUAUUUUUUCCAAUGAAGGACAUGUCUACUUUUUGUUUUACCGUCGUGGAUCCAAGUCACAAAUGGAGUACAAAACAUACCUUGGCAGUGUCUGCAGCCAAGAUCUUCUUCUCUACUCUUAUGUGGAAGUGCCUCUUGUAUGCAAUGGAGGUUAUAACUUGGCACAGGCGGCCCACCUGGAGACCUUGAAUAGAGAACUGUUUGUGGUCUUUGCAGCAACCCACGGUUCUGGUCCUGUUCCUAGCAAUCGGAGAGCUCUUUGCUCUUAUAAAAUGGAGGAUAUAGAAAAAAGGCUAGAACGGGCAAGGAGCCUAUGCUACACUAACUCAGGGAAAGGGGAAAAUGACCAGGAAGAGUCUGGAAUAGAGUAUGGAGUAAAUUCGAAAUGUGGUACUCUACCUGAGGACUCCUCUACGAAUUUUCCUUGUGGUGGGGAACAUACGCCCAGUCCCAUCGCCAGUCGUAUUUCAAUUGAUGCAUCUCCACUUCUCACAGACAGCUCUAGUCUCACUGCUGUGACCGCAAUGGUUGAAGAUUCCAACACUAUUGUGUUCUUAGGAAAUGCUGGUGGAAACAUUGACAAGGUAUUUGUAUCGCCUAGUCAAGGGCUGGUUUAUAACACCAUGGAAGUUGUCCCAGGAUCUGCUGUCAGCCCUGACCUCCUUCUAGAUGAGAGUGGAAGACUGCUGUAUGUCAUGACGGAGUCACAGGUCACCAGAGUCCCAGUGGCCGAAUGUUCAAAAUACGAUACCUGUGACUCCUGCCACCAAGCUAGGGAUCCCUUUUGUGGUUGGUGCGUCCUCGAAGGAAAAUGCACACAAAGAAAGCAGUGUGACAAUUACAUGGAGAGGAACCACUGGCUGUGGAGCUUUGAUAAUCUCACACACUGUCCGAUCAUUGAGGAUGUUGUUCCAGCCAAUCAAAGUCGACAGGAUCAAACCGAUAUAUCCAUGACUGUGCUGCUGUUGCCUGCUCUGGCAGACCAGGGUAGCUGGCAGUGUCUAUUUGAUGAGUGGUCACAUUUGGCACAUGUAGAAGGCAAUCAGAUCACCUGCCCUUCACCUCCAUCUGAAGUGCUACCACCUAACCAACAGGGGAAAGAUCAUGUGACGCUCAAGCUGGCACUUUUAUUCCACGACAUAACGGUUGCCGUGACAAAUUUCACAUUCUACGAUUGUGGAGCAGUGAUGGCGCUGUCUACCAAUGCCCCGUGUGGUGGAUGCGUGAGCAGCCCAUGGAGGUGUAACUGGUGCCUCUCCGAUCACCGCUGCACACACACUUCAGAUUGUGGCCAAGAUCAGACCGUGAUAUACAGCCAAAACCAAAACGAUAUGCAGCAUUUUCUCUGGGGUCCAGAGGCCUGUCCCAGGAUAGAGCGUAUUGUGGAUUCUCGGUUUAUCCCUGUCGGCAUUGAAAGAAAACUGGAUCUUAUUGGGCGAAAUUUUCAUCUUCUAGAGGGUGAGGAACAGGAGUACCGAUGUGCUGUAGAAGUGAAAGGGAACCCCAUGAUCCUGCCAGCCCACAUCGAGAGGGUAGCUGAGAAUGAAAACCUGUACCAGGUGCACUGCGACGCUCACAAGUAUGAGUACCCCCUGCAAGUUAUGGAGCAGCGUGUCACUGUGUAUGCAGUGACAGGAUCUGGAUAUCGUGUGGAUAAUGAGAAAAAUGUACAAGUGAUUCUGUAUAACUGCUCGGUGGGACAGUCAGACUGCAGUAGAUGCCAUGCUUUGGACCCUGCUUACAGUUGCCUUUGGUGUGGGGACGAAGUGGAUGCUUCUUGUGUCCAUAGCAGUCAAUGCGAGAAGAACCCAAUUGACAUCUGUCCUACACCCCUCAUCGUGUCGUUCUACCCACAGACGGGGAUCAUUUAUGGGGGAACCACAGUCACGAUCAACGGGGUCAACAUGGGUCAAAAAGCAGAGGAAGUAUCUGUAAAGGUGGCGGGGCAUCCUUGUGACUUGAAGCCAGAUCUCUACAUUGUUUCAAACAGGAUUGUCUGCACACUGUCUGCCAGUGAUGCAGAGAAAUCUGGGCCAGUAGAGGUCAUUGUGAACGAUCGGACUCCUGGAGUCUCCAGCCAACUUUUUACCUACCAGGAUCCGGUGCUGCGUUCUUUGACUCCAACAAAGGGUCCAAUGGCUGGUGGGACGAUCAUCACCAUUUUUGGUUCCAAACUGUCUACAGGUGAUCAAAUCACUGUGACUGUUGGAGAUCUCCCCUGCAAAUUAUCUGAUAAUGCAACAGACAAGGAGAUACAUUGUAUAACAAACCCUAGUCCAGAACUACAGGAGCUGACUCUACGUGUGUUCUAUGGUACCACAGAAAAGGUUCUGGAAGAAAUCCAGUUUAACUAUACAGAGAACCCAACCAUUUCAUCUGCUGUUCCCUCUAGUGGUUUUUAUGGUGGUGGUCGUCUUAUCGUAAUAAGUGGCUCUGGCUUUGAUGUGGUGCAACAUCCACUCAUGAGGGUCCUGGCCAAGCAGUCUCCAGAAGAACUCCGUAAAGGGGAUGGGGAGAGCAGGAGAAGGAGGAAGAGGAGGAGGAGAGAAAUGGAUGGUCUAACUUUGCAAAAGUUUAACGAGCUGUGUAUUCUCAACUCCUCCUCCACCCUGGAGUGCAUGUCUCCCUCUAUCCCAGAGAAUUUAGUUCCCGUGGAAGUUCUGUUCAUUCUGGACAACAUACAGAUUCCAUUCAGCAGCCUUGGCGAGAACUUCACCUACCAUAGAAACCCGACUCUAAGACCUCUGAAUCGAGACAUGCCAAACAAUCCAUAUAGCUUAAAACCGGGGAAUGUGUUGGAUAUAGAGGGAGAGGGCUUGGACUCUGGCAUCAGUAAACAAGAAGUCAUAGCCAUGAUUGGCGAUGGAAUCUGCGCAGUGAGGACUCUGACUCACAAUCACCUGUACUGUGAUCCUCCACUUGUGGCACCACAGCCUUUAGAUUCAAGCACGUCACUGCCAGAGUUUGUGGUGCAAAUGGGAAAGCUCCAAUUCAACCUGGGAACAGUCAAAUAUGAUGUGGAAGGACAGCAUAGUUUUCCAAAAGAGGCUAUAAUUGGUCUGGCCGUCGGAGGUGCUCUGCUAAUCCCUGUUGUCUUAAUAAUCAUCUUUAUGUACAGGAGGCAGAGUAAGAUGGCAAUGAAGGACUAUAAGAAGGUACUGGUGCAGCUGGAGAACCUAGAGACAAGUGUCGGUGAUCAAUGCAAGAAGGAAUUUACUGACCUGAUGACUGAAAUGAUGGAUCUCACCAGUGACCUUGAGGGCUCUGGGAUACCAAAUCUGGAUUAUAAAACCUAUGUGGAGAGGAUAUUUUUCCCGGGACACACCAGCUCUCCCCUCAGGAAGACCUUGGAUGUGCCAGAGAGCAAAAGGGUCACCGUGGAGCAGGGCCUCACCCAGUUGUGUAACCUGUUGAAUAAUAAGCUAUUUCUUACCAAGCUGAUCGAAACCUUGGAUGCGCAACCCACAUUGUCUCAGCGCGAUCGCUGCCACGCCGCUUCCCUUCUCACAGUGGCGCUGCAUGGCAAAUUGGAGUAUCUGACUGAUGUCAUGAAGACGCUGCUCAUUGGUCUAAUAGAUCAGUGUGUGGCCAAGAAUCCCAAAUUACUACUUCGUAGGACAGAGACCAUAGUGGAAAAGCUUCUAACCAACUGGAUGGCAAUCUGCUUACAUUCUUACUUGCGGGAAGCUGCUGCCGAACCUCUAUACAUGCUCUUCUGUGCUAUUAAGUACCAGGUGGAUAAGGGUCCAGUCGAUGCAGUGACUGGGAAGGCAAAGCGCACUCUGAACGAUGGACGCCUUUUACGGGAAGACAUUGAGUACCGGCCAAUGAUCCUCACUGUGCUGGUCAAGAGUGAUGGUGAGAUGCAACGUGUGCCUGUCAGAGUCCUUGACACGGAUACCAUUACCCAGGUCAAACAGAAAAUUCUCAACCAUGUCUACAAAGGGACCCCAUUUUCAAAGAGACCCCCUGCGCAUACACUUGACUUAGAGUGGCGCUCUGGCAAUGCUGGCCAUUUAACACUCUCUGAUGAAGACCUCACUUCACUAACACAGGGCCAGUGGAAGAGGCUGAAUACUCUGAACCAUUAUAAGGUUCCAGAUAAUGCUACUGUGGCUCUGAUUCCUCGACUACACAACAAUCAGUGUGAUACUCCCAACAACAGCUUCCUGGGUGGUGAGAAAACACCUAUGUUGGAAGAUGGGGAGGAUGGUGGCAUUAAGACCUGGCACCUGGUAAAGUCUCAAGAGGAACCCGAAGUUUGUAAGAACAGGAGAAGCAGUUUGAGGGAAAGAGAGCGGCCCAAAGCCGUUCCCGAGAUCUACCUAACCCGCUUGUUGUCUAUGAAGGGUACUCUGCAGAAAUUUGUGGAUGACACCUUCCAAGUGAUGCUGGGAGUAAAUCGCCCAGUGCCUAUUUCUGUCAAGUAUUUCUUUGACUUUUUGGAUGAGAUGGCAGAGAAGCAUGAAAUUGAGGAGACCGAGACAGUCCACAUCUGGAAGACACACAGCCUGAUGCAGAGGUUUUGGGUCCUGAUCCUUAAACAUCCUCAGAUGGUCUUCGAUGUUGAGGUGUCUGAAAAUGUUGAUUCAAUCCUGUCUGUCAUCGCUCAGACUUUUAUUGACUCAUGCACCGUCUCAGAGCACAAAGUAGGAAGGGACUCUCCAGUGAACAAAUUGUUGUAUGCACGGGAAAUCCCUCGGUACAAGCAGCUGGUGGAAAAAUAUUAUUCUGACAUUAAGCAGACUGCUCCGGCCAGUUACCAGGAAAUGAAUUCUUCCCUUACAGAGCUGUCUGGUAUCCACUCUGAGCAGUUCAGCCCCCUGGUGGCCUUGCAUGAGCUGUACAACUACAUCAUAAAGUACUAUGACCAAAUCAGUGCUGCCCUAGAGGAAGAUCCUAAUGGACAGAAGAUGCAGUUGGCCUAUCGCUUGCAACAGAUCUCUUCUCUUGUAGAGAACAAGGUGACAGAUCUGUAAUUACCCCGUUUUUUGUGUUGGGGGGGUAGUGGAUAUUCCUUCCUGGUUUUGUUUUUAUAACUUUUUCUCAAGUAGAAAGAAGAUGGAUUGAGAUUGAAUGCCGUACAGAAGCCACAAACCUAGAUUAUUUCACUGUACACGCAUACUGAAUCACUGUGUCCAGAAUAGACUUUGGGUGGGAUCUCCAAAUGCCUGCUUUAAAUCCUUUGUGAAAGUUCUGGGCAAAUUACUGUGCUGUUGAUAUCGUGCCCGGUUCUACUUGGUUGCCUUAACCAGAAUACUGCAAAUGAUCAAAUGUGGCCAGCCAAGCUGUGCACUACCUCAGAGGAACUGUAUAAGUGCCUUAGUGAAAUGGAUAAUCUGAUUCUUCCUGCGGUCUGCUGUCAUACCUCCACCUUUUAUCGAUAACUGGCAUGGACGCAUGUCUGGAGAAUGGAAGCUAUCAAAAUCACUACAGACACCACAACCCAACUUUGAGUUCUUGGUGAUGUCCGUAUGCCAUAGAUUUUUGGUGUUCAUGGCCUGUUCUUUCUGUGGGGCUGUACUUAAGUUAUCAAUAAUGGUGUCUUGGAAUUUACUAUGUCGUGAAGCCGAGGGUUCUCAAACCAAUCCUAUCAGGAUCCCAGAACAGGCUUCGUAUUUUGACUUUGAUUACUGUUAAAGGGUCAUUCUUAGAACCAUAACCACUUUAGCCUGCUCAAGUAGUUUGACACAUAACCUGUGGACUUUGCCGGUGCUGUAGCAGUUAGGUUAUGGUACUUAGAAUACUCGUUUGAAAGGGAGAGUUAAUCAGACCACCUUCCAUCUAACUUUCUCCAUGCAGGACGGCCUGUUAUGGGUCCAACAAUGAAAUGUUUGAGAAAUUGUUUCACAGAGCAAUUGUAGCUGAUCCAAGAUGAUAUUUUGGAGGAAUCAUGUUAUGCUUUAGUGAGUCUUACACUGUGUAUGCUGCCAAUAGUUCCCAGUGUGGCUGCCUUUUGAAUGGAGACCUUAAAGGGACCUUAUUGGCCUGUUCAGAAAUACUGUCUCUCUUUUCUGUCUGUGUCCAACCUUGUAUAGCCUUUUGUUUCCUAACUUAUGCAAAAGCUGUAAAUAGACAUAACUGUAUUUAUUGUCAUUUUUAUGCAAAAUGUUUUGUAAUUUUUUUAGGCUGAAGUAAAAUUAAACUGUACAUAUUAACAAAUGA